AAUCUCGGACAUAAACAGAAACAGAGUUUUUGAGUUUUGUCGGCACACAAGAAAGAAUGGGGGAAGAAGAAGAAGAAGAAGAAGAAGAAGAGAGCUCGAAUUCUAUGUGCAUACUUCCCGAGCUACUUGAAGAGAUAUUCAUUAGACUACCAUUGAAAUCGAUUCUCAGAUUCAGAACCGUAUCAAAACAUUGUAGAUCACUCCUCGAGUCGAGGAGGUUCUCGGAGAAACGUAUGAGUCUUCAAAAGAAUCGGAGGAUCCUCGCUGCUUACAAUUGCGACUGCGGCGACCGUCCGCGUCUCCUCACCGAGUCACGGUUCGAAGGAGACGAAGAGAUCGUAUAUCUUCACUGCCUCGCCUCACGACCCUCGUUGAGCUGCGACGGUUUGCUCUGCUUCCCCGAACAAGACUGGAUCAUUGUUUUGAAUCCAUCCACCAGACAGCUCCGCAGAUUCCCUUCCGGCUUGAACCAUAAGUGCAGAUUUGGAUUCGGAUUAUGGUCUAGCUUCUCGCCGGAAAAAUGGGCGAUAGGUUUCGGUAGAGACAAGGUUACGGGAAGCUUUAAAGUAGUGAGGUUGUGUUUUUUUUUUCGGGAAAUUGGGCAAGAGGAACCUGUGUUGGAAUGUGGUGUUCUCGAUGUUCAAACUGGUGUAUGGAGUAAACUGAGUCCACCUCCUCAUGUAGUUAAUCCCGGAAGCAAAUCUGUCUGUGUGAAUGGAUCCAUCUACUGGUUAAACUUUGAAGUUGGAGAGUAUUGCAAGUUACUUGCAUUGGAUCUUCAUAAACAAGAGUUCAACAGAAUCCCAUUACCAGCUACUGGGCUAGGGGCCACGAAGGAAACACUGAUAGUGAACUUUGAAGAGCAUCUAGCGUAUGUCAAUACGAGUAAAUUGCCUGAAUGGAGACUAGAUAUAUGGAGCAUGGAUAAUACAGAUCAAAAACAAUGGAGCAAGACUUUCUCCAUACGUUUAGAACUUAAGGUUGUUGCCUGGCGAAGGAAAAAUAGGUGGUUCACGCCAGUGGCGGUUUCUAAGCAAGGGAAUCUUGUCUUCUGUGACAAUCAGAAGAGGCUGUUUAAGUAUUAUCCAGGGACAAAUGAGAUUCGUUGUCUCUCCCUAGACACUUAUGUUAUAUCUCCAUACUCUGAGAAUUUGGUCUCACUUCCUUUGAAACCGAGCCAUCAGUAUCCUCAUCUAAGUGUUGAAACAAGGAUGUCUAGAUGCCGCUUGUUUUCCAAGGAGUCGAGUUCUUCUUGGAUAUUCCAAGCUUUGCGACGUAAUGAAUUUAGCAUCCUAGAGAUUGUGUUCACGUCUCUAGUAGUAGCUGGUUAUAUAUGCUUACCUCGAAUGUAGGAAUCACUUAUCUUAUGUACAACUAUUAUUAUUAGUUUAAUAUUUUAUUUUGCUA